AUGAGGGGAGUCGUCAUACCUACAACACAGCAGUCACCUCAAGAUGAGCAGGAAAACCUCUUGGAUGAAGCCAUACAGGUUGUGAAGGUUCAAUCAUUCCAGAUGAAGAGAUGCCUGGACAAAAAAAAGCUUAUGGAUGCUCUGAAACAUGCUUGUAAUAUGCUUGGUGAACUCCGAACUUCUAUGUUAUCACCAAAGAGCUACUAUGAACUUUAUACGACUAUUUCUGAUGAACUGCAUUACUUGGAGGUCUACCUGAAAGAUGAAUUUGCUAAAGGAAGAAAAGUGGCAGAUCUUUAUGAGCUUGUACAGUAUGCUGGGAACAUUAUUCCAAGGUUUUAUCUAUUGAUCACAGUUGGCAUUGUAUAUGUCAAAUCAUAUCCUCAAAAUAUUUUUCAAAAAGAUAUUUUGAAAGAUUUGGUAGAAAUGUGCCAUGGUGUGCAGCAUCCACUGAGGGAUUUAUUUCUUCGAAAUUAUCUUCUUCAGUGUACCAGAAACAUUUUACCUGAUGAAGGAGAGCCAACAGAUGAAGAAACAACAGGUGAUAUCAGUGAUUCUAUUGAUUUUGUACUACUCAACUUUGCAGAAAUGAACAAGCUCUGGGUGCGAAUGCAGCAUCAGGGACAUAGUAGAGAUAGAGAAAAAAGAGAACGAGAAAGACAAGAACUAAGAAUUUUAGUGGGAACAAAUUUGGUGUGCCUCAGUCAGUUGAAAGGUGUAAAUGUGGAACGUUACAAACAGAUUGUAUUGAGUGGUAUAUUGGAACAAGUUGUGAAUUGUAGGGAUGCUUUGGCUCAAGAAUAUCUCAUGGCAUGUUUUAUUCAGGUUUUUCCUGAUGAAUUCCACCUCCAGACUUUGAAUCCUUUUCUUCAGGCUUGUGCUAAGUUAUACCAAAAUGUAAAUGUGAAAAACAUAAUCAUUGCUUUGAUUGAUAGAUUAGUUUUAUUUGCUCAUCAGGAAGAUGGACCUGGAAUUCCAGCAGAUAUUAAACUUUUUGACAUAUUUUCACAGCAAGUAGCUACAGUGAUACAGUCUAGACAAGACAUGCCUUUGGAGGAUGUUGUAUCUUUACAAGUCUCUCUCAUUAAUCUUGCCAUGAAAUGUUACCCUGAUCAGGUGGAUUACGUUGAUAAAGUUCUAGAAAUAACAGUGGAGAUAUUCAACCUUGAACAUAUUGCUACCAGUAGUGCAGUUUCAAAGGAACUCACCAGACUUUUGAAGAUACCUGUUGAUACUUAUAAAAAUAUUUUAACAGUCUUGAAAUUAAAACAUUUCCACCCACUCUCUUUGUACUUUGACUAUGAGUCCAGAAAGAGCAUGAGUUGUUAUGUGCUUAGUACUGUUCUGGAUUAUAACACAGAAAUUGUCUCUCAAGACCAGGUGGAUUCCAUAAUGAAUUUGGUAUUCACAUUGAUUCAAGAUCAGCCAGACCAACCUGUAGAAGACCCUGAUCCAAAAGAUUUUGCUGAUGAGCAGAGCCUUGUGGGCCGAUUCAUUUAUCUUCUGAGGUCUGAAGACCCUGAUCAGCAGUACUUGAUUUUAAACACAGCAUGAAAACAUUUUGGAGCUGGGGGAAAUCAGCGGAUUUGCUUCACAUUACCACCUUUGGUAUUUGCAGCUUAUCAGCUGGCUUUUUGAUACAAAGAGAAUUCUAAGGUGGAUGACAAAUGGGAAAAGAAAUGCCAGAAGAUUUUUUCAUUUGCUCACCAGACUAUUAGUGCUUUGAUCAAAGUAGAACUGGCAGAGUUACCCUUAAGAAUUUUCCUUCAAGGAGCGCUAGCUGCUAGAGAAAUUGGUUUUGAAAAUCAUGAAACAGUAGCAUAUGAAUUUAUGUCCCAGGCAUUUUCUCUAUAUGAAGAUGAAAUUAGUGAUUCCAAAGCACAGCUGACUGCCAUCACCUUGAUCAUUGGUACUUUUGAGAGGAUGAAGUGCUUCAGUGAAAAGAAUCAUGGACCCUUGAGGACUCAUUGUGCACUUGCUGCAUCCAAACUUCUGAAAAAACCAGAUCAGGGCCGAGCUGUGAGCACCUGUGCACAUCUCUUCUGGUCUGGGAGAAACACAGACAAAAAUGGGGAGACACCGCGGGUCGAGCGGGACGUGACUAAGCCCUGGGCCGCGGGCCGGGAGGGCGCGGCGGACCCAGGGGCCCGGAGGGUGUGGGAGGCGCCGGCUGCCAGUACAGCGAGGCAGCGACAGAGGGCCGGGCCCCCGACGCUCCUGCAGACAAAAAGAAGACCAGACCUCGUAAACGCCGCAGCUCUGGGCCUAGCAGGCGGGCCGCGUACUGAGCACCGCCCAGCGCAGCUCGCGGGAGGCGGGGCCGCUGAGCUGGCCCGUGCGGAUUCGCCCCGCUCGGCCGGGGGCGGGGCCGGGCCCCGCCCCUCCCCGUCCAUGCGCCCUGAAGGAAAUCGGGGCCCUGCCCUAGGCCUGGUGCGGCGGGAGGUGGAGCAGGCGAGCGGCUGA